UUGGUAGCCCAAAUCACAGAAUUGGGUUUUUCCUUAAAUUUAACAAAAACCCUAAUCCUUUUGUUCUCCAUCGCCACAGAGGGGGACAGAGCAGCUUGAGAGAGAGAGGACCACAGGGAAAAUGGUGACCUACAAAUUUCAUCAGUACCAGGUGGUGGGUAGAGCUCUACCAACAGAGACAGAUGAACACCCAAAGAUCUACCGUAUGAAGCUUUGGGCUACCAAUGAAGUCCGUGCUAAAUCCAAGUUCUGGUACUUCUUGAGAAAGCUGAAGAAGGUUAAGAAGAGCAAUGGACAGAUGCUGGCUAUUAAUGAGAUCUUCGAGAAGAACCCAACUAAGAUCAAGAACUACGGUAUAUGGCUGCGUUAUCAGAGUAGAACUGGGUAUCACAACAUGUACAAGGAGUACCGUGAUACCACUUUGAAUGGAGGUGUGGAGCAGAUGUACACAGAGAUGGCUUCACGUCACAGGGUGCGCCAUCACUGCAUCCAGAUCAUUAAGACAGCCACUAUUCCAGCUAAGCUUUGUAAGAGGGAGAGCACCAAGCAGUUCCAUGAUUCCAAAAUCAAGUUCCCGUUGGUGUUGAAGAAAGUCAGACCACCUUCUAGGAAACUCAAGACAACAUACAAGGCUACUAAACCCAACUUGUUCAUGUAACAUGUUAGGUCAUAAGUCUAUUGAGAACCAACUUAGCAUUUAUGCAAAUUUUGUUGCACUAGUUGGCCUAGUUGACAUUAAUCGAGAACCUUUGUCUUUCUUUUCUUACAAUCCUAGGUAUCAGACAGUUUCUCCUCUCUGAGUUCUAAAAUUUGUUUGCUUUGACAGUUUCAGUUCAAGUUUUCCGUGUUCUCUCAA